UCCACGGAUACGAGUUUGAGGCGCACAGCACGCUGACAUGGAUAAUUCAUAAUUGUGACUUGGAAGAGAAAGAGGGAGACAAAACAGACAAGCAUAUCCCGAAUUUUAUAACUCAGGAUUCUGUAUAUUUUUGGACUCCAAUUGUUGUUUCAACUUUGAAGAUUCAUGUCUCUGUUCAAUGCUUCUUCCAUCCCUAUAGUUGGCAAGGAUGCAGCUGGAAUUGCUGGGAACAUCUUUGCUUUUGGGUUGUUUGUAUCCCCCAUACCCACAUUUAGGAGAAUUAUCAGAAAUGGGUCAACAGAAAUGUUCUCAGGGCUGCCAUAUAUUUAUUCCCUCAUGAAUUGUUUGAUCUGCUUGUGGUAUGGAACGCCUCUGAUAUCGCCUGAUAAUCUGUUGGUUACCACUGUUAAUUCAAUUGGAGCUGCCUUUCAGCUUGUGUACAUAGUCCUCUUCUUGAUGUAUGCUGAGAAAAGAAGAAAGGUGAGAACUCUUGGACUACUGCUGGCAGUUUUGGGCGUUUUCGUGAUCAUACUAGUUGGGAGCUUGCAAAUAGCUGAUAGUACAGUGCGCCGAAUGUUUGUUGGAUUCUUGAGUUGUGCUUCUCUCAUAUCAAUGUUUGCUUCUCCAUUGUUUAUAAUUAAAUUGGUCAUUCGGACAAGGAGUGUUGAGUUUAUGCCGUUUUAUCUUUCGCUUUCCACCUUCCUAAUGAGUGUUUCCUUCUUUCUUUAUGGAUUGCUCAGUGAAGAUCCCUUCAUUUAUGUGCCAAAUGGGAUAGGAACUAUUUUGGGAAUGGUACAAUUGCUAUUAUACUUCUAUUACAAGAGAUCAUCUGAUCAAGACUCUACAGAACCGUUGAUAGCUUCAUAUGGAUGAUCCGUGGCUCUGUGCUGCUGAGUUAUGAUGAGGGUAAAGGUUGCAACAUUUCGUUGCUACAAAAUCUUGGAGCGUUAAAGAAGUUGGAAUCAUGAAUAAGGUUCAAAUAUUUUUGUUAUGUAUUUAUGCAUUCAUUUUGGAGUUGCACUGUGCUUCAAAUUAAGGCCAAGUUAUGCAACAUGCAGCUACAUGGUACUAUUGAAUUGCACUGUGCAUCCUAGAGUGCUUCAUUCUGGCACUAUUAUCGCCUCCAAUCAGGAUUACAUUAUCUGAAUUGAGACCAAGUUAUGUAACAUGCAGCUACAAACAUUAUUUCAGAGGUUUUUAUAUUUAAUCAAAGUUUGAUUUUAUCUA